AUUUGAACAUCGGAGAGAUUGGCGCUUUCUGAGAAUGGCCUCGAACAUAGGGGUAUAGGGGUACAACGAUGGAAAGUGUAGCCCAGUAUAUGGGAAGAUGGAUGGAAGUUGAACUUACUGACGGUAGAAUCAUUCGUGGCCAAAUGAUGUGCACUGAUAGAAAGCCAAACUUUAUCUUGGGCAGAUCUGAGGAGCGAUGGUCAGGUGAAGAAGGUGAACCCAGAGCCAUAGGUUUAGCUAUGGUAAGCCGACAACACGUUGUUCGACUCAGUCUGCUUCCAACACCGCAGCCAACAAAUGACGAAGAUUUUUCGUGAGAUUACUGAAGAUGUACAUAGAACUAAAAUAUAUAAAUUUUUAUUAUUGUUCGCAUUUUAUUAGUCAUAAUCUGAUUAUGAGCAAUUCUAAGGGCAAAUCAUUGUUCUGGUCAAUAUGUCAACG